UUGCUAAAACUGUUUUUGUUUUGUUGUUAUGGGGUAUUGUGUGUAGAUUGAGGAGGGAAAAAAAUAAUUUAAAUACAUUCCAGCCUUAUUCUAAAAAUGUAACAAAAUGUGGAAAAAGUGAAGGGGUCUGAAUACUUUCCGAAUGCACUGUAUAUAGGGGAUUUGAAAUUAUUCAGACAGUUAUAUUGAUAGAAGUCACAAUCUAUCUGCAAUAUUAAAGCUGAUCUACCUGGCUAAAAUAAAAAAAAACAAUACAAGAAUAACACAGCAUAUUAGCUAUGCAAUUGUAAUGUUAUACCCCUAAAAUAGGGAGAAAUAAUUCACACUGACACAUAGCAUCACUAACGAAACCAAAAAGUAUUACAUAUUUAAAACGGUAUUGUUUGCAUUUGGCCUGAAUGCCAAGCGUCAUGUAUGGAGGAAACCUGGCCCAUAUCCCUAUGGUGAAGCAUGGUGACAGCAUCAUGCUAUGGGGAUGUUUUUCAGCGGCAGGGAAUGGGAGAUUAGUCAGGAUUGAGGGAAAGAUGAACGGAGCAAUGUACAGAGAGAUCCUUGAUGAAAACCUGCUCCAGAGCGCUCAGAACCUCAGACUGGGGUUAAGGUUCACCUUCCCACAAGUACCACGACCCAAAUCACACAGCCAAGACAAUGCAGGACUGGCUUCGGGACAAGUGGCCCAGCAGAGCCUGGACUUGAACCUGAUCGAACAUCUUUGGAGAGACCUGAAAAUAGCUGUGCAGCGACGCUCCCCAUCCAACCUGACAGAGCUUGAGAGGAUCUGCAGAGAAGAAGGAGAGAAACUCCACAAAUACAGAUGUUCCAAGCUAGUAGCUUCAUACCCAAGACUUGAGGCUGUAAUCGCUGCCAAAGGUGCUUAAACAAGGUGCUCAAACAAAGUACUGAGUAAAGGGUCUGAAUACUUAUGUAAAUGUGAUAUUUCCAGUUUUUCUUUUCUUACACAGGGCACUUUGGAUCACCUGCUGCGUGGGCACCCCCACAGUUGUCACACGGUGCCUUCUUUAUCCCAACUGUACACUUCCUCUGACUAUGUCCUCCUAAACAUUUCUCACAUCGUGGGAACUCCCUUCUACAACAUGUCCGAAUUCUUGGCACCUAAAUCACUGUAGCGGGUUCGUAACAUAGGCCCUCACGGAAUAGCAACUAUAACUUAACCUCUGUGUCAAAGCUCAACAAGACAGACAAGGUAUUCUCAGUCUUGCCAUUUCAACCGGGUCUACGUCGCACCAAAUGACAGGUGUCGCAAACACCAGGAAUAUUAUUGUUCAUUUGAUCCACCUCUACAAUCAACGUUACCCCACUGAUCACUCCUUUUAGGGGCGCCCUGCUCCAGCGAGCAAAGCACUACACAGGUUGCGCCCGCUUCCUCUGGGCUGAGGAUGCACAAAAAAAAAAAAAAUCCACUUCUCACAACUUUCACAGAUCUAACCGUUCCCAGUUUGUCAUUUACCCAGCUUGGCAGAACAGCCAAAAAGCAGGAAUCCACUUUUUCCAAAAAUCUCACUCCUAACCGGAUCAAAAUAAUCUCUGACAGGAUUCACAGAACAAACGCUGGAAGUCUCUACCACACCUGUCGCCGCAGGUAGGCCCACUUCCUCCUGGUCUGGCUCAACUUCAGAGCGCCGACUGACUUCAUUUUGAGAUCCUAAAGAUUCUCAAGGGAGCAUGUAGGUUUGUAUUCAGGAGACAAAGUGUGUACACAGGAAACAAAUGAUAUAUUCUGCACUUCUGCAUUGAGGAGUAGAGGGGUGUGCAGUGAGUUUGCACAAUGUCAGCAGAAUCUCUAGACUAGUUGCCUAUUGAGCCGACUGCGAGCUGGGGUAGUUUGUUUCGCUUCAGGGAGGCAAAUCCAGGGUGACGCAGGCAAACAUUAUUCCACUUGUUCCCAUAAACGCAAGCGCGAUUAGAACUCAGAUCAAGAAUAUAAGCAUUCUGAGCUUUGAUUAACGCUGCAAUAUUUCCACUUUGACCCGUAAAAUCACUAGGAAAUCAGCUCAAAGUUAUUUUCAUUUUGGAAAUAUGUUCCUAAGUAUUUCCACGCAUAUAUAGAGAGACAUACACCUUCCUAAUAUUGAGUUGCACCCACUUCUGCCCUCAGAACAGCCUCAAUUCGUCGGGGCAAGGACUCUACAAGGUGCCAAAAGUGUUCCACAGGGAUGCUGGCCAAAUGUGUCCCACAGUUGUGUCAAGUUGGCUGGAUGUCCUUUGGGGGAACAUUCUUGAUACACACGGGAAACUGUUGAGCUCGAAAAACCCUGGAGCGUUGCAGUUCUUGACACACUCAAACCGGUGCGCCUGGUACCUUACCACCAUACUCAGUUCAAAGGCACUUAGACAUUUUCUCUUGCCCACUCACACUCUGAAUGGCACUCAGUCUAAUUCAUGGAACGAGCAGGGGUUCCUAAUGUUUUGUACACUCAGUGUAUGCGAUCAUAUCCCAAUGUAAUCAAGGUUUGAAAUUAUUUUAUUUUUGUCAAAUACUGUAUCUAUUUGGGCUAUUUGAGGUCAAUUUGCUGAGUACAAAUGAAUUAUAAUUAUGUUUCGGGACCCCCGACCAUCCGCUCAUGAAGAAAUUCAGCCCAUGGCUUAAUGUAAUUGGGGACCCUUGCUAUAGUGCAUAGAGAGGAUGAGGAUAUGCUUUCCAAGCUCAGUCUGACUGUACUAGACCUUAAUGACCAUGGCCUGGUGAGGCCCAACUCAACACUGUCUUUCUAACCUAAUGUACUUCCAUCAACAGCUGGAAAUGAUGACCAGAAGCCAUCUGCACGGCUCUUUCCACCAAGCCCACUCAUGCGAUUUACUAUGAAUCACAUCGUUGUCUCCAUUAAUGAUAAAAAAUAUAUGUAUUUGUUUUUCUCAGGAAGUCACCACCCAAUUCAUUCACUUCAAGUGAGAGCCUCAAGGUCUGUUUAUGUCUACUGAUAAUGCGUUUGUUUUUACCGUGCCUCUUGAGGUGGGCUAGAAGGGAUGGAUUUUUCUCUGCUGUAAAUAGACAGAUUAUUGUUUUGAGGUGAUCAAACAGGUCCCCGUGUUUAAAUGGUUAUGCUUCCACAGAAUGUCUGAAGCUUGUUUUUGGUGGAUUUCAAUUUCUUCUAAUAGGAAUAUAUUUGAACACACGGACCUGUUUCAUCACCUCAAAACAAUACUCUGUCAAUUUACAGCAGAGAAAAAAAAAUAUCAAUGAUAAUAAAUAAAAAAUAGGACAAUAAUUGGUUUUGAAUAAACACAUUCACAAGCCAUUUUAUUAGCACAUUUUCGCCAUAAAGAGACCCUGAAAUGAUUCAGGAAGGAGGCAAUUAGGCAGCAACUCCUUCUCACAACACAUUGGAGGAAAGGGUCAGAGGUUCCUCCCCUUGGACCGUCUCAUCCGAUGCUUUUUGAGAAGGAAGCGAGGAACGGGAAUGCGAAAAGGAAGUACAAUUUAAGAUGCACCAUUCAGGAAGUUCUGUUUAAGUAAUCAGAUAAUGUCUCCAUCAAGUGGUCAUAUGUGGUACUGUCUGAUGACUUGUGACCCAUCUGAAUUUCUAUGGGUAAAUACAGUAUGAGAACAAUGUUCAUACAUUUCCCCUCUGCACCUCUAAGUAGAUCUCAGAGCUAACCCCUGACCUAUAAGAGAUGGAUGGAUGGGACAAGCCUGUAGGGGCCAUGAUGUCCGAAGACAAUGGAAGCACCCCCACAUCACCUCUGGUCAACCAGUCCUGUGCGGACCGGAAGUGCUAUAUGGUUCUGCAUGAGGCGGAGAAGACAGCCAUCGGCUCCAUCUGUUUCCUGGCCGGACCCUUCACUUUCCUGGAGAAUGCGUUAGUCCUGGGUGUGAUCGCCGCCACCGCCACCCUGCGCCAGCGUCCCUCCUACCUUUUCAUUGGCAGCCUGGCCCUGGCCGACGCCUUUGCCAGCUGCUUCUUCACCACCAGCUUCCUGAACUUCCACCUGUUCCACCGCCUUGACAGCCCCAACGCCUACCUCUUCAAGCUGGGCGGGGUGACGAUGGCGUUCACCGGCUCGGUGGGUAGUCUUCUGUUGACUGCUCUGGACCGCUAUCUGUGUAUACAUCAGGCGUCGAGUUAUAAAGUGGUGUUGACGCGCCGCAGGGCCCUGUUGGCUCUCCUUGCCCUGUGGAGCGCCACCAUCCUCAUCUCCUUCCUCCCUCUGAUGGGCUGGAGGUGCCCCACAGAGCUCAGCCCGCCCUGCUCGCGCCUCUUCCCAUACAUCGACCACCGCUACCUGGCCUGCUGGGUCAGCUUCAUCCUGGUGCUGCUGUCACUCAUCCUGGGCGCCUACGCCCUGAUCCUGUGGAGGGCCAAUCGGCAUGAGGCAUCCAUGAUGGGCCACCAGGGGUUGCCUACCCGUGGUCAGGCCCGCAUGCGGCUGGACAUUCGGUUGGCACGUACCCUGGGCCUGAUUCUGCUCAUCAUGGUGGGCUGUUGGCUGCCGACCCUCUCCAUCAUGCUGGCAGACGUCUCGGUGCAGCUCGUGCGCAUCCAGCAGAGGGCCUUUGCUUUCUGCAGCACCAUGUGCCUGGUCAACUCAGCCGUCAACCCACUGCUGUAUGCCCUGCGCUGCCGGGAGCUGAGGUUGGCACUGAUGCGGCUAUUGGGGGGCCUGAGUGACAGGCUGGGGUGCUGCCAGAGGCACGUAGGGGGAGACACGACCACUACCCUUCCCUUAGGCGAGAGCAACAGCUGUAGCGCUCACUCCGAGAGUGAGGCGCACAGACUCGUUAGCUGCCGACCGAACACAGUCUCAGGAAUGGUUGGCAAGCAGCAGCUGGACAUGACUGGAAUAUGAGAAGGGUUGAGAGGCUUACCAUAUAUCAGGGUUAUAGCAGUGUUGUGAACUUGUGUUUCUUCUGUUGUGUUCAUAGCGAUAAGGAGGUAAUGUCUCUAAAAUGAACUGUGAUAACAGGGACAAAAACAAAGAUAUCGACCAUGUUACCAUAAAUUGUGCUGACCCACCUACAAGCCAAGUCAAUCAGAGAUAAUAUUAUUUUAUUAUUUGUCCAAGGUACAUGAUAGAUUUAUUAUAAUAUUUUUUUUUACAAUGUGAAAUAUCCCAAAUGAACACCUUUGGGAAAACAACAGCAUUGUUUGGGGUUGGCAGUGUAAAUGUAGAUAGCUAUGCUAUCCUAUGCUUGUUUUCGCUUGAGUGUCUGUCCUUUAGCGUCCAGAAGAGGAUCCUGACGGGUUCCCAUCUGCACAUAAAUACCUGUCCUGAAUAGAGGCCCUGUGGGUUGUAAACAAUGUCCUCCACAUUGUGACUCUGCAAGCAGUGUUGAGAUCAGAGGUGGAGGAAAGGCGGAGCCUGGGUGGGUCCAAUCAGAAAAAAAGAAGUCAGAUUUUGUAUUAUUUAUUUUUUAAAUGUAUGCUUUUUUUUAUGCUCUUUACUUCUGUGUUCCAAAUGGAACAUAGUGUUUGCAUAUUUAGGUAAAAAUAAUCAGAAUUCAUAGCAAGCAGUACACUGGGUUAGUCAGAUUUGAUUAAAUAUAAUGGAACAGAUGACAUGGAAUGACAUCACAUGCCAAAAAGAACUGAAAGCCACACCCCAAUGAGCAACGAAUAUGACUGCAUUGAGGCAUAUGUCACUGUGCUUCUAUGGCUACAUGCACCAUGCCACUACCUAUUUCAUUUGUUCAUUUAGCAAACAAGACAGCUCAUAAUCCAGUGCCUUUAUUACAGUCAACACACCUAUAUGUUAGCUUUAAAAAUCCUACAUUUUCUCUCAGCUUCAUGGCAAAAUGUGUAGAAUAGCAUGAGAUGAGCUAAAAAAACUGCACAUGUUCCUCUCUAUCCUAUGGCAAAAUGUGUAGAAUUGCAGGAAAUGUUCUUUAAAACAGCAACAUGCCAAAAUGUGUAGAAUAGCAUGAGAUUAGCUAUAAACUGCACAUUUGUCUCUGUUCCAUGGCAAAAUGUAUAAAACAAAAUUGGGGGCCCAGACAAAUUUCUGCAGGCCCACCCAACAACAAAUUUCUGGCUAAGCCACUGGUCGAGAUAAGUGGGGCACAGGUCAGAAAGAUAGAGUCACACAACACAGAGACUAGAACACUUUUUUCUAUAGAACACUACAAAUGGCAACUACAGUUCACAAGUAAUUUCAGUAGAUCGAUCACAAAACAAUCAAACACAAAGGUAGAUGUUUUGUCUUGUAGAUAGUCUAAGUAAAAUAAAAUUACUUACGGGUCCUUUUCCAACAA